UCCCAAUUGCAAUAGCCGUAUUCCCGCCGUGUCAAAGUCCCAAGGCGCCCUCUCUCUGCACUCUCCAUUAUUGAAAGCCAAGAUCGCCCGACGAUCCUCUGGCGGCUCAAAACCAAAUUUAACGACGCUAGUUCAGAGUUUUCACAUUCCUCACUAGGAUCUUCAUCCUUCGAUCUUUGAUCUAUUCCCGCCUUUCUUCUGUAAUCUGUUCAUUCUAAGCUGUUCCCUCUACAUUUCUCUUACAACACUCUCUUUACAGACAGGGCUCCUCCAGCGUUUGAUCCUUUUCCCUGCGUUGUACUUCAAUCUCCUUCUCAGAGCUUUGGUUUCCCUCUGAUCUAGGCUUUUGCGCGUGCUCCGGUCUCGACGAUUGCGUUGGGAAGGAUCGAGAUCUUUCUAAGUUUUUUCUGCACUGUGGUCGACAUAACAUAUUCGGGCAAGCUACUCGGAGAUCAGAUUUUUCUCUUGAUCUGUAGUUGAUUUGACAAUGGAUUCGUUUGGUGUGACCUUGAAGGCCAAUACGAUGCCGUUUAGAGCCAGCAGACAGUGUGGUAGGAAGGUGCAAUGCUCCGGGUUCUGGGGAGAGAGUAUUGAGAGAAGCGGAAAGUGCAAACAGAUACAGAUGAAUGCCUACUCGCGGAAGAAUUCUUAUUCUUCUUCCCAUAGCAGGGCUAGAAAGCUUACGGCGGGAGUUGCUCAUUCUGUUCUCAUGUCAGAAGUUAGUGAGGAAACAACGACUUUACAGGCUUCUAUAUUUGAGACUCCUAGAGCUGAUCCGAAAAAGAUUGCUUCAAUCAUACUGGGUGGAGGUGCCGGAACUCGCUUGUUUCCUCUUACCAGCCAGCGCGCCAAACCAGCGGUUCCAAUUGGAGGUUGUUAUAGAUUGAUCGACGUGCCCAUGAGUAAUUGCAUUAAUAGCGGCAUCGAAAAGAUAUUCGUCCUAACGCAGUUUAAUUCGUUUUCUCUAAAUCGUCACCUUGCUCGUAUUUACAAUUUUGGUAAUGGAGUGAAUUUUGGCGAUGGAUUCGUGGAGGUUCUAGCUGCCACUCAAACUUCGGGUGAAACUGGAAAAAAAUGGUUCCAAGGAACUGCCGAUGCUGUCAGGCAAUUUAUAUGGUUAUUUGAGGAUGCCAAGACCAAAAAUGUUGAGCACACUCUAAUUUUGUCUGGCGAUCACCUUUACCGGAUGGACUACAUGGAUUUUGUGCAGAGACAUAUUGACACAAAUGCAGAUAUUACAGUUUCGUGCAUACCCAUGGAUGAUAGCCGAGCAUCGGAUUACGGUCUCAUGAAAAUAGACGACACAGGACGUAUUUUACAUUUUGCAGAGAAACCAAAGGGAUCUGACCUGGAAGCAAUGCAAGUUGACACUACAGUUCUAGGACUUUCAGAUCAAGAUGCUAGAAAAAAUCCUUAUAUUGCAUCAAUGGGAGUCUACGUAUUCAGAACUGAUCUUCUAUUAAAGCUUUUGACAUGGACUUAUCCUUCAUGCAACGACUUCGGCUCAGAAAUUAUUCCAUCGGCUGUUAAAGACUACAAAGUUCAAGCAUAUCUAUUCAAUGACUACUGGGAGGACAUUGGAACCGUGAAGUCAUUUUUUGAUGCCAACUUAGCACUAACGGAGCAGCCCCCAAAGUUUGAGUUCUAUGAUCCGAAGACUCCAUUUUAUACAUCACCUAGAUUCUUGCCCCCUUCUAAAGUUGAAAAAAGCAGGAUUGUAGAUGCAAUAAUAUCUCAUGGUUGCUUCCUCCGAGAGUGUAGUGUUGAACACUCUAUUGUCGGUGUGCGCUCUCGAUUGGAGUACGGUGUGGAGCUUAAGGAUACUAUGAUGAUGGGCGCGGACUACUACCAGACUGAAUCUGAAAUUGCAUCUCUGCUUGCCGAAGGUAAGAUCCCAAUCGGCAUUGGAGAGAACACCAAAAUCAGGAAUUGCAUAAUUGACAAGAAUGCGAAGAUCGGAAAAAAUGUAGUUAUUGCUAAUACUGAUGGCGUUCAAGAAGCAGAUAGACCAGAAGAAGGGUUUUAUAUAAGGUCCGGUAUCACAGUCACGUUGAAGAAUGCAACAAUAAAAGACGGAACCAUUAUUUAAAUCCAAAGAGAAAGCUGAGAGUUGAAAGGAAGCAACUGCUCGAGGCUUUCAACCGACAAUGCUCGACAACGAGUAAAAGGCUAGCUUCUUUUCUUAUAUGUAAAAAGUUGAAAGGCAACACAUUCCUGAGUAAGAGAACAACUUUUUAUUUCAAUC